ACAAAAUAUAGUAUAGAAUAUACCAAAUCUAUAAUGAUUAGAUCCUGUCUGAUGUCCAAUGCCUGCUCCAUACUCCAUCCAUACCCAUCCCUGAUCAGCUAAAUUGGGCUCGCCUUCCUCCUCCAUUUUCAUCAGUCGCCAUGAAAAGCCAUCAACUUCUCCUCUCUCUCUUCUUCUCUCUUCUCAUCUCGCCUACUCUCUCUUCCAAAGUCAAACUCUCCGUUACCCCCACCGUUCUCACCAAAUCCGGCGAUAUCGUCACAAUCGCCUGGUCCAACGUCGAUUCGCCUUCUAAACUUGAUUGGGUUGGCCUCUACUCUCCUCCUGACUCGCGUCACGAUCACUUCAUUGGCUACAAAUUCCUAUCUUCUUCGCCCACAUGGGAAUCUGGGUCGGGCUCCAUUUCCAUUCCCAUCACCAACCUCCGCUCUAACUACUCAUUUCGUAUCUUCCGGUGGACUGAAUCCGAGAUCAAUCCUAAGCAUCAUGACCACGAAAAUAACCCUCUUCCCGGGACGGCCCAUUUGCUUGCUGAAUCUGAGGUGGUUGGAUUUGAAUCCGGUAAUGGACCGGAACAGAUCCAUUUGGCUUAUACGGACUCGGAAGAUGAGAUGCGGGUGAUUUUUGUGGUCGGGGAUAAGGAGGAGAGGAAAGUUCAAUGGGGAGAGAUUGAUGGAGAGUGGAGUCACGUGACACUGGCACGUGUGGUGAGGUAUGAGAGGGAGCAUAUGUGUGAUGCUCCUGCUAAUGGGAGUAUUGGGUGGAGAGAUCCUGGGUGGAUCAACGAUGCGGUCAUGUCUAAUUUGAAACCAGGUUUUAGAUAUUAUUAUCAGGUUGGAAGUGACUCUAAGGGUUGGACUGCAACUCAAAGCUUUAUAUCACGCAAUGGGAAUUCGGAUGAAACAGUAGCCUUCCUGUUUGGAGAUAUGGGAGCUGCAACACCAUAUGAAACUUUCCGACGGACACAAGAUGAAAGCAUAUCAACCAUGAAAUGGAUCCUUCGCGACAUAGAAGCUAUAGAUAAAAAGCAUACAUUUGUUUCACAUAUAGGAGAUAUUAGCUAUGCAAGAGGCUACUCUUGGUUGUGGGACCAUUUUUUCACUCAGAUCGAACCUGUUGCAUCCAAAGUGGCAUACCAUGUCUGCAUUGGUAACCAUGAAUAUGAUUGGCCAUUACAACCUUGGAGACCUGAUUGGUCCAAUGCAAUUUAUGGAACUGAUGGGGGUGGUGAAUGCGGGGUUCCAUACAGUCUUAAGUUUAACAUGCCUGGGAACUCUUCAGAGCUUACUGGAAAUCAUGCUCCUGCCACUCGAAACCUUUACUACUCAUUUGAUACAGGGGCUGUACAUUUUGUAUACAUAUCAACUGAGACUAAUUUCCUACCCGGGAGUCGCCAGUAUGAUUUUAUAAAGGAUGAUCUGGAAUCGGUUAAUCGGAGCAAGACUCCUUUUGUGAUUGUCCAAGGACACAGGCCAAUGUAUACCACAAGCCAUGAAAACAGGGAUGCCCCAUUGAGGGCUAAAAUGCUUGAGCACUUGGAACCCUUGUUGGUGCAAAACAAUGUGACCCUUGCAUUGUGGGGUCAUGUGCAUAGAUAUGAAAGGUUUUGUCCAUUGAAUAACUUCUCGUGUGGAAGCACUUGGAAGGGAUUCCCAGUUCAUGUUGUAAUUGGGAUGGCAGGACAAGACUGGCAGCCUAUCUGGGAACCCAGACCUGACCACCCAGAUGUUCCUGUCUUUCCACAGCCUGAGCGAUCGAUGUACCGCGGGGGUGAAUUUGGGUAUACUAGAUUGUUUGCCACAAGGGAGAAGCUGACACUUUCUUAUGUAGGGAACCAUGACGGGGAGGUGCAUGAUAUGGUGGAGAUUUGGGCAUCCGGCCAGGUUAGCAGUGGUAGUGAUGACUUUAGUGAUGCUACCGGAACUAGGAUUGAGGUAGUGGCUGAAUCUCCAUUUUCAAAGUAUAUGAAGGCUGCGAGUGUCCUGGUGCUUGGGGCGUUUAUUGGCUACGUUCUUGGGUGUAUUUCAUACUACAGGAAGCAAAACACCGCAAAAGGCAGCUGGACUCCUGUGAAGAGUGAGGAUCCUGAAACAUUGACAUGAAAAUUUGUUUAUAGAUGCAGAAUAAACCUAUUUGCAAUGUUUAUCAAGAUUUUGAUAUUGUGCAUGAAGAUCUCCUGCUGGUAGUGUCCGUUGUGUGCUUGUAUAAGAUUGAACUCUGUAAAUACUCAACUCUCUCAUACCUAGUGAAUAAAAAUCAUUACAUGACCAUUUUUUUUUUUAAAAAAAAAGUAAAUAAAAUAAAAUUCCCUUUUUUGCUUAA